UGAAAGAAGACCAGCAGCUGCAGCAACUCACCUAAUUUAUUAUUAUUUCCCAAUAUUCCCAUCUAAAAUUGCAUCCCAAAAUUAAGAAACCUUUUCUUUUCUGGGAUAAUUAAAACCAACCCCAGAAGAAAUUUCAACUCAUUUUACUAUUCAGAAGCCCCACUUGAUUUGAAUAUCCCUCGUAUCCAUGAAUUUACUGCAUCUUUUGUAAGCAGAUUCCCAUUCUUUGGGAGACGGCCGGAAAGAAAAAACCAUGGAAGAACACUCGCAUGAGAUCAGAACCCCUCUCAUAUCUAAGGAGGAGAAAGAUGAACUGGCGGCAUCGUCAGCAUCUCCAUCACAAGCCAUGGAAACCCAGACAAAAUCCGAGGUAAACGAAGGGGAAGAAACAGAGGAGAACUCACCCAUCCCACAAGUUGCUCUCACUGUUCCGACAACAGACGACCCGUCUCUUCCGGUCCUCACCUUUCGAAUGUGGGUGUUGGGAGCCCUCUCGUGCAUUCUCCUCUCCUUCCUCAACCAGUUCUUUUGGUACCGGACGGAGCCGCUCACAAUCACGGCCAUUUCUGCUCAGAUUGCCGUUGUGCCUCUCGGCCGACUCAUGGCUGCAAAGAUCACUAACCGAGUGUUCUUCAAAGGAACCCGCUUGGAGUUCACGUUGAAUCCUGGCCCUUUCAAUAUCAAAGAGCACGUUCUAAUCACAAUCUUUGCCAACUCCGGCGCCGGCACUGUGUACGCCAUUCAUGUCGUUACCGUCGUCAAGGUCUUCUACAAAAAGCACAUCACUUUCUUUGUGUCCUUUCUUGUUGUUAUAACAACUCAGGUGUUGGGGUUUGGAUGGGCUGGGAUAUUCAGGAGAUACCUGGUGGAGCCGGCGGCUAUGUGGUGGCCGGCAAAUUUGGUUCAAGUUUCAUUGUUCAGGGCUCUGCACGAGAGAGAAGAACGGCCCAAAGGCGGAUUGACACGAACCCAAUUCUUUUUGAUAGCCUUCAUUUGCAGCUUUGCUUACUAUGUCUUCCCAGGCUACCUCUUUGAAAUGUUAACCUCCCUCUCUUGGAUAUGCUGGAUAUUUCCCAAAUCCGUCCUGGCCCAACAGCUCGGAUCUGGGCUAUAUGGGCUCGGAAUUGCCGCUGUUGGGCUUGACUGGUCCACCAUCUCUGCUUAUCUUGGAAGCCCACUGGCAAGCCCAUGGUUUGCCACAGCAAAUGUUGCUGCAGGGUUCGUUUUUGUCAUGUACAUUUUGACCCCCAUUUGCUAUUGGCUUGAUGUGUACAAGGCAAAAACCUUCCCAAUAUUUUCCGAUGAGCUCUUCACCUCAACUGGCCAAGAGUACAACAUUUCAUCCAUCAUCGACUCUAAUUUUCACCUUGACAUUGCUGCCUAUUUACGGGAAGGGCCUCUUUAUCUAACCACUUUUUUUGCAAUGACUUAUGGUGUUGGCUUUGCUGCACUUACUGCUACUGUUGUACAUGUAGCUCUGUUCCAUGGAAGAGAAAUAUGGCAGCAAAGCAAAUCAAGCUUUCAAGAGGAUACAAUGGACAUACACACAAAGCUCAUGAGGAAGUACAAGCAAGUCCCUGAGUGGUGGUUUGUGAUCAUUCUUAUAGCAAACAUUGCCUUGACAAUAUUUGCGUGCCAGUAUUACAAUGAGCAGCUUCAGCUGCCUUGGUGGGGUGUUUUACUUGCAUGUGGGAUUGCCAUUUUCUUCACUCUUCCAAUUGGAAUCAUCACUGCUAUUACAAAUCAGACACCAGGCUUGAACAUCAUCACUGAGUAUAUAAUUGGGUAUAUCUACCCUGGAUAUCCUGUUGCUAACAUGUGCUUCAAGGUGUACGGCUACAUUAGCAUGACACAGGCCGUAACCUUUCUGCAAGACUUCAAGCUUGGCCACUACAUGAAAAUCCCUCCUAGAACAAUGUUCAUGGCACAGUGCCACAGUCAGACACAGAGAACAAUGGAAACCCAAUCGGGCGGCAACGAAGACACCGUGGCGAGAAUCAAAGCCGUCCAUCAACAGCUCCAAGCUCGCAUGGAGUCUCAGCACAAUACCCACCUCAACCUUUUGGCUUCUCUCCAAUCCUUCGUGCCCAACAUCGUGUCGUCCAUCGAUCUCUCUCUGAAGGUCGUCUCCACAUUCAACCACCGACCCUUCACUCCCACGCCCACUCUCCCAAAGCCCAACCCCAUCCCCAACCCCAUCAAACCCACAACCAAACCAGCCUUGCCCACCCACACCCAAGACCCAGAACCGGUUCGGGCUCGCGAGCCAGAGAGCGAGCCGGUGAGUCCCUUGUCGGUGGUGCGGUCGAUGGUGGCUGUUUGUCUCUUGGGUCGGGUCCCAUUCGCGCCGAUCGACUCGUCGACAGUGCUGAGGAAGCUGGAGAACGAUCAGAACGCCACGCCGGCGGAGAGGGCGGCGCUGAGAGAGCUCGGAGGUGAGUCCGGGGCGAUACUGGCGGUGGAGAUGGCGUUGAGGUCGAUGGCUGAGGAUAAUGGUGGGGUUGACUUGGAGGCCUUUGAGGUGAGUGGGAAAUCACGAGUGAUGGUCUUAGGGAUCGAUAGGACUCGGCUUCUGAGAGAGUUGCCAGAGAGCAAGCACGAGACUUUGGGGAGUGAUGUGAGUGUGAAUAAUGCGAAUGUGAAUGUGGGUCAGUUUCAGAGUCAGCAAUUGGUGGAUGUGAAUGGUGGGGUUGGAGUGUUUGGUCAGAGGCCAAUGCAGGACAUGUGGGUGGGACCUGGUGGGGAGCCGAUUAUGCCGCCGCCGGGGCCAAGGGGGCUAAGAGGAGGUGUUGGGGUGAUGGGCAGAGGGGUUGGUGUUCAUCCAACGCAUAGGCCAAUGGGUGUGAUGCAGAAGCUGAGGACUGAGGAGGAUGAUAUGAAGGAUCUUGAAGCAUUGUUGAAAAAGAAGUCUUUUAUGGAGAUGCAGAAAUCAAAGACUGGUGAGGAGCUUUUGGACCUCAUUCACCGGCCUACUGCUAAGGAGACUGCUGUGGCUGAAAAGUUCAAAACCAUAGGUGGUCCGAACCUGAAGGAGUACUGUUCAUCCCUAACAAAAGAGGAUUGCCGGCGUCAAACUGGUUCCUUUAUGGCAUGUGAGAAGGUUCAUUUUCGGCGAAUAAUUGCUCCACAUACUGACAUCAAUUUAGGGGACUGUUCUUUUCUAGAUACUUGCCGUCACAUGAAGACAUGCAAAUAUGUUCAUUACGAGAUAGACCAAAUGCCUGAUGUGCUUCCUCCUCCUAAACCACUAAAGCGUGCUGAAUAUUGUUCAGAAGUAGAACUUGGAGAACCGCAAUGGAUUAAUUGUGAUAUCCGGAACUUUAGAAUGGACAUUUUAGGGCAAUUUGGAGUUAUAAUGGCAGAUCCACCUUGGGACAUUCAUAUGGAGUUGCCUUAUGGGACCAUGGCUGAUGAUGAAAUGCGCAAUCUGAAUGUUCCUGCAUUGCAGACCGAUGGUCUGAUUUUUCUUUGGGUCACUGGACGUGCAAUGGAGCUUGGACGUGAAUGUUUAGAACUUUGGGGGUACAAGCGUAUUGAGGAGGUCAUUUGGGUGAAGACUAAUCAGCUUCAGCGAAUAAUUAGAACAGGGAGGACGGGUCACUGGCUCAAUCACAGUAAGGAGCAUUGCCUUGUUGGAAUAAAGGGCAAUCCAGAAGUAAACAGGAACAUCGAUACUGAUGUCGUUGUUGCUGAAGUUCGAGAGACUAGCCGUAAGCCAGAUGAGAUGUACCCUUUGCUGGAGAGGAUAAGUCCAAGAACAAGAAAGCUGGAAUUGUUUGCUCGCAUGCACAACACUCAUGCAGGGUGGAUGUCACUCGGUAAUCAAUUGAAUGGAGUAAGAUUAGUUGAUGAAGGUCUGCGAGCAAGGUUCAAGGCCGCAUACCCAGAUGUGGAGGUGCAGCCCGCUUCCCCUCCAAGAGCUUCUGCCAUGGAAGUAGACUCUGGUCCUGCUGCUCAAAUGAGGAGUCCCUUUACAGAGUCUGCAGCUCAAUAGGCACCCUCUAUGCUGCUUCUGAAGAGAAGCCAAUGGCCGUCGAUCGCGUCGUGGUCAGCUGAGUAACGUCAGUUCCAUCAUAACUCCUCAAUCAAACAGGCUUUCAUUUGCUCUGGAGAAACAGGAUCCUUGCCAUUUUUCUUGUAGCAUUCGGUGAUAAUUAAUCUUCUAAAAGGAAGCACAAGGAACACUUCCUCUGAGGUUUUUUUAGAUCAGGCUACAUGUGUAAAUUAUGUGAUAGAGUAUGUAAACUAACAUUUAAUUCCGGGUGCCAAGAAAGUAUAUCUCAUAGCUGUUAAUUUCUUGUUGCCUGAUUUGCUUCCUUUUCCUUUUCCCAUGUGAAGGUAGGAAAAGUAAGGAGCACUAACUCUGUUAAUUAAAGUGAAUUUUGCAAUUAGUGUAACUGGGAGCACCUAUUCUUUGCACCGUU